CGUACUGUAGUUGAUGUUGUAUUCCAUUUCCUGCUGUCUCAGUCAUAGACCUAGUAUUAUCUUAGUCCCCUUAUCUUGAUCUGUUGAACGCGAGGUAAAUCGUUAAGAUACAAAUGACUGUUACUGUCCGUCAGAGAUGCAGUGUGGACUUAGAACUUUGUCAAUGAGUAAGUGUUUGUCUCUUAGCUACCACUACUGUCAUUCGACAUGUGCAAGUUACGUUGUAGACAGAACUUCAAAGUUACAUUUUAGGUAGGUAGACGCGAAAAUGCCACUGCAAGAGGCCACCGGGAAGGAAUCGUUGAAUUUUAAUCAACUGUGCACGUUUGAGAGCUUCGAGGAAGUUUGGAGUCAUUACGGUUAUAAGAGUGACUUCAAAGACGUAAUAGAACGGGAGUUCUCAAGGACUAAAGGCAUUACUUACCUGGAUCAUGCUGGAACAACACUAUACCCUGAGUCACUGGUGAGAGAAUUCUAUCAGGAUAUCUCCAGGAAUGUAUAUGGCAACCCUCACAGCCAUAACCCCAGCAGCAGACUGACGCAUGACACAGUAGAGCAUGUCAGAUACAGGAUAUUGCAGCAUUUUAACACCACUCCUGACAAAUACUCAGUGAUUUUCACCUCUGGCUGUACGGCAGCUCUCAAAUUAGUCGCUGAGAGCUUUCCCUGGAGACCUCCCACUGCUACGGAGGCAGCCAGUCAGUUCUGCUAUCUGACUGAUAACCAUACCUCGGUGGUCGGUAUAAGAGGAGUUACUUCAGCACUGGGAGUAGUUUCUCUACCUGUCUCCCCCGAGGAGAUAGAGGCCAGAGCCAAAGAUGUAGCCCAGAGUGAAUGCAGAAGUUGCCAGACACCGCACCUCUUCUGUUAUCCAGCACAGAGCAAUUUCUCUGGCAGAAAGUACUCCCUGGGGUACGUGAGGGGCAUCCAGGCGAGGAAGCUCUACCCAGCGUGUGACAGCCAGGGCCAGUGGUUUGUCCUGCUGGAUGCUGCCUCUUUUGCCAGCUGCUCUCCGCUGGAUUUGCAGGAGCACCCAGCGGACUUUGUUCCCUUCUCCUUCUAUAAGAUGUUUGGCUUCCCGACAGGUUUAGGGGCUCUUCUGGUCCGGAAUGAUACAGCUGCCCUCCUAAGAAAAGCGUACUUUGGGGGGACAGCAGCGGCCUACCUAGCAGGGGAGAGCUAUUAUGUGCCAACGCCAAAUAUUGCUCACCGGUUUGAAGAUGGCACUAUCUCUUUCCUGGACAUCAUUGCUCUAAAUCAUAGUUUUGAUGCUCUACACACACUCACAGGAGGCAUGGACAAGGUCCAGCUGCAUACAUUUGGUUUAGCACGCUAUACUUACAUGUUGCUGUCUAGCCUUUGCCAUGGCAACGGACAACCAGUUGCUCAGAUAUACUCGGACAGCGAGUUUGAGAACCCGAGCACGCAGGGAGCCAUCCUCAACUUCAACUUGACGGACUGUCACGGAGAAAUAGUUGGAUACUCUCAGGUGGACAAGCUGGCUAGUCUUUUCAAUAUCCAUGUGCGGACAGGUUGCUUCUGCAACACAGGUGCCUGUCAGCUCUUCCUUGGCAUCACCAAUCAAGACGUGAAGAGCAACCUACAGGCGGGUCAUGUCUGUGGAGACAACAUAGACCUGGUUGAUGGUCGUCCAACAGGAUCUGUGCGUGUAUCCUUCGGCUACAUGUCAACCUUCCAGGACUGCCAAAACUUCUUGAACUUCGUUGUGGACUGCUUUGUGGAGAAACCAGUCGAAGUGGACAAAGAGAAACUAGACAGACUGAAAUCGAACACUUCUUCUAAAGGUUCCAGUCAGUGUCUGCUUACUAUGCUUACCAAUGGGAAACCUAACCACAUAGACAAUAGAGAGCAUGCCUCUACAGAUCCAGUUGUGAACGAAUAUGGAGGCAAGGCCAUCACCAAGGAAGCAAAGAGCCAAGGGAAGGCCCAGUAUCUGACUAAUAUCUACAUAUAUCCAAUCAAAUCCUGUGCAGCGUUUGAGGUGACUGACUGGCCAGUGGGCCCUCUGGGUCUGCUCCAUGACCGGGGCUGGAUGGUGGUGAAUGGUAAUGGAGUGUGUCUGAACCAAAAGAGAGAACCACGCUUAUGCCUCAUUCAUCCGCAGAUCUACCUGCCCUCAAACACACUGCUUCUGCAGGCCUCAGGAAUGGACACUAUUUCUGUCCCUUUGGAAAACCACAGUGAGCCACACCAGAGUCAUGGGGUGUGUCAAAGCAAGGUGUGUGGUGACAGGGUGCAAACAGUAGAUUGUGGCGAUGAAGCUGCAUCAUGGCUCUCAGAGUUCCUUGGACAGCCUUGUCGUCUGAAGAGGCAAAGUCCUGAUUUCAUUCGCAACAUGAAAAAGGGCCAUGAAAAAGGGGUCUCGUCCACUGCCCUCUCCUUGGUGAAUGAAGCCCAGUACUUAAUGAUCAACCAUGCCAGUGUUGAUUUGCUUCAGAGACACAUCACCAGCAGACAGGAAUCCUCUGACCAUCAGCCUCUUGACAUCCAUGAGCUUAUUAGUCGGUUUCGUGCCAAUUUAGUCAUCUCUGGGUUGGACCCAUUUGAGGAAGAUGAUUGGUCACACUUGAUUAUUGGAAACACCCAUUUCCAGGUGGCAGGUCGGUGUGGCAGAUGCCAGAUGAUCGGGGUUGAUCAGAACACAGGAGUCAAGACCAAAGAGCCUCUUCUGUCUCUCUCUGCCUAUCGCAAGGGGAAGGUGACCUUUGGUGUGUACCUUGUCCACCAAUCACUGGAUGGCUCUAAUGCAACCCUAUCUGUUGGCGCUCCUGUAAUGUCUCAAUGCAUCCUACUCCUGACCUAGGAUUAUGAUGGGUUUUCCAUUCACCACACUCCCAGCAGUGUAUCCCAGCUUCCUUGCACUUUGCUUCCCAUUGAUCCAAACCUGACUGAGUCCGGUGGCGGAGUCCCAGCUCCCACACAGAGACAUCCACAUGUUCUGCUUGCCUGGCAGCCCUGUGAAUGCACUUCCCACAUAUCUGACAGGUAGCUGCAUGGCACCAUUGGACUCUUUUGAACAAUAGAAAGUCAUUGGUGCUUGUUGGAGUUGCCAUGGAGAAGAGAGAACACCCACUUGACAUCUGUGAAAUACAUUUAAGAGGCUCAUAAUACAAACAUUAGCUAGACCUUGGAAUUACAUUAUGCAGCUGAAAUUAACUAAAUGCUAAAUAUACAUAUUAUUAACACCUUAUUUACCAAGCACUACCACUGAUAAAGAAAAUAAUAAUUUCAACGGUUUUUGACUGCUGCUCACACCAUGGUAUUUGCCAAUAUGCAUUGCAAAGCUUUUUUAAUGUGAAAUACAAACACAUAUGGAAGUAUGGAAUAUCACAUUAAUUACCUUAGACAUACUGUCACAGAAGAAUAGUUUUCUCCCUUUUUGUCAGUAGCCUCACAUGAUCAAUGUCAGACUCCUUUGGAAAAGUGAACAUUUUACCUGACAGAGAGGACAUGGUAAAUACUGGUAGCCUCUGUACAAUUAACCAAAUAUUUACAGUACAAUAUAUUCUCUGAUAUAAAUGUAUCCAUCCUGUAGGCCAUUGACUUCUGAAUAAUUAUCAUAUUUGCCAUGUGGAGAGAGUGGUGUCAGGCACCAACACCUUUUGAGAGAAUGUAUUCAUUUUAAUUAAUUAUUUUCAUUAUU